AUGUCUGACCUGGGAUUAUCGCCCGUGUCCAUGGCUAGUGAAUUCCUCACGAAUCGGCAGCAGAAGACGGGUCGUCAAGAUUUCUAUUGGUCUGCCGUGGACCAAGCCAGUCAUGCAGAUGGACAGCAAUUGUUACUUGAUGCGAUCGGCCGCGUCAUUCGCCAGUUGACCAAUGAGCAAAACGCAUACGAAUUGCUAUGUGUGAUCGGAGAGUUUCAAGAAUUGUCGAAAAAGACAGACUCAACGCUCGGUCAGUUGCUUGCCGAAAAUGACGACUUUCGGAUGCUCAGUGUUUUGCUCGAAUGGUCUGAGCGUUGUGGCCACCGCACGGACGAGGGCUUCGCGCGACAUGUUUUCGACGCUAGCGAUUUUUUGCGAAUUGCUGAACUUCGAGCCGAAACGACCGUGCUACUCCGACAGCGCAUCCUAACCGAGAAUGGGCAGCCGAUUGGGCUGACUACUGAUGCCGAUAUGUCUGAGAAUGAUGCGAAAGACGUCAGCGCUUUUUUCAAAGUGUUGUUCUCUCUGGUGCGCUGCGGCCGUCUAGACGAGGCGAGCCAGCUUUGCGAACAUUUGGGUGAAUUGGCCUGGGAUGGUCUGCUCAGCGCCAGGAUGGUCAACCGUGAUAGUGCAUACACGCCGCUUGCCGACGAGAAAUCAAAUGCCAUGUGGGCCAACCGUCGGCGUAAUUUCAAGCAGAUACUGGCGAAGAUGUGGACAAAGAUGCAAGACACGAUGAUGCCGUCAGCAAAGCUGUCACUCUUUGCCACUCUUGGCGGGAGGCUGAGACCGUUGCUCGAUAUGGCCGUCACUAACGAGGAUAGAAUAUGGUGCCUCGCGAACGCAGCGGUUGAGCACAUGCUGGAUCAGAAACUCGGCGUGACUAUAAACGGGCUAAACGAGGAUGUCCCGUCUACUGUGGACGAAUUAGCCGAGAUUAUCAGCUUGGAGAACGACGCUUCUCCGUACAUGCACAUCUACUUCUUUUUGCCCAAGGGCCAAGUUGAUGCCUGUAUCGACUACAUGUACAAAUGGCUGGCCGAGCACGGGGAUCAGGCUAGUGAUCAUGUUGUUCGAUUUAUGGCGAACCUCGUGGUCAUUUGGAGGCAACAAAAAGUCGAUCACGAAGAUGAAAAGGGUGAAGCUAUUCUCAAGAUUUACGCACAGAAGCUCAUGUCCAUCGGAAUGCCGACGCUGCUGCCGUUCUAUCUAUCACUGCUAGGCGAUUCGGAUGAGCGACUUGACCAUCUUACUAGCGCCAUGGAUACAAUCACCGAGCAAGCGGAACGAGCCGAGUUUUUGGACAAUGCAGCCGAAGCCAAGCUGUCCAUUUCGGAAUUGACGCUCAGCUUCGUGUACGAGAAGAUAGCGCAUCUUCGGGGCGUCGGGAAGGAAGCGGUUACGCUGGGCAUUAGGUGGGCUCGGAGAAGGGUCGGCGGGUACGAGUGG